ACAGCCCGCACCAUCCGUAUAUGGCAGCUGAAGAGUCCCCCAGUACACCAAGUCGCAACGAUGCCCUGGCGUUACGGCUGCUGCGGACCAAUACGUGGAGCUGCUAUUAUGGACUGCCCCUGUGGGAAUUCAGUUCUGCCAAACUCAAGGAGAUAAUGCGGGGCAUGUUGUCAGAACUUCCAGACAGCGAAGGGCGUAAGCCACGUCUUCUGUUACGGCCGUGCAACGUGCUCGGUGGCCACGGGAGGCAGGGCGAGGAGGCAUUCUUCUGCGUGGCAAGUUCGAACUCCCGGAAGCCUCACGCUGCAGGGCUGGUGCACAGCAGUGAGAAGAUCUCGCUGGUGUUCCUAGCGGGGUCAGUGAAUGCACGAACUUUCAUGGCCUAUGAGCUGGGAAACAGCUUUGGAGUCACCCUACUUGCUCUACAGCUGGCCCCAUGGCAGCUCUCCAUGGUCGCAGUGUGGGGCCUCUCCUUCCUCGAGCCAGAGGACCCCUCAAUGUGCUGCCUGGAACUGAACAUGGACGGCGUCAUUAUCGGCUUCAGCAGUGCAGAAGUGCUUGGCCAGCUGCCACCACCCUCAAGGAGCGUCACAGUUGAGGAUGGGCGGAAUUUCCUGCUCGCCCUCUGCAAGCAUGCGUCGAAACAUGUGCUGUGGCAUCGCUACCAGGAGUUGCCCCUGCGCAGCGUGCACUUCCUCAACCUGUUUUUGUUGGACCACGAGGGGACAAUGCUGGUGCACGAGAACACGUUGGUGACCGGGCUCUUCAAGUACCUCCUGUCCAUCGCAGAACAAGCGGCCUUGGGCGACCCACUUCCCGACCUCGAGGAAGAGUGAUGGUAAUGGAGCAGCUCGUCGAGACAGAAGUGAGCGUGGGUGGAGAAAGUUCGCAGUACGAGAGUUCUUUGUGAAUGGCAGGGAAUUGGUGCAUAUAAACUGCAACUGGGACUGGCUAGCACGAAAGCACCAGCACGGUUUUAAUCUGCUUCUUUUCCCUUCUGUGUGUGUCCCUUCGCUGGUUGCCACUGUGUCCGCCAUCUUCCAACAGGCCCAGCCAACAAUCUUACCAAACUUCCGGUCACUCAGUCUGCCAUUGUCGCCUACAUGUGAAACGAUGCCAUUGCAUGAAUUUGGCAGUACAUGACAUGCAAUAAGUGUGUUCAAUCGACCUUUGGUACAUGCUCAGCUUUAAAGGAGUGCACAAGAAACAUUGUGGAAACACGAUAAUGCGCAAGCAUGCAUUGUUGCCCGGCAUGUCUGUUUCACCAACUGCUUCAACAAUUGUGGAACUGCGUUGUUGACGGUUGUGUCACGAAGAGCGGGAACACUCACUGGUCCUUUCACCCACAGGGUAGAUAGAUGCACACUGCAGAGGGGAGUUGUGACCUAUUGUGAGCAAAACAAAAAUUGCGCGAAAUGAAAAUAUAAGAGGGAGGAAUUUUGCAUACAUAGUAGCUAAUAGGACAAUGCCAAGGAAUAUUUAAAUGACAAAUGAAAAGAUAUAAACAGCAAUCAUGCCGGUGUCAAACACCACCAUGCCAGUUCUCAAAAGGUAAUACCAUCAUGGCUUCAACAUCUUGGACGAAAAGCUGACUUCCUCAGCUAAAAAUAAUAUUCAUGGCAGAGCUCCGGUCGGACAUCCUUCCCUCAUUGUCCUGAAGUCGCCAAGCAAUCCAAAUGGGGUGCCAUGCUUUUUGAUAUUCCAAAUGUCAUCCUUGCAAUUAUCAUCGAAAAUGCAUGCACUUCUGGCAUUGCCAGUGAGCUGGGGCAUUUGCAUCAGCUCUUUCACAGCUUGAUGUAAUGUUCUAUAGUAUGCAAGGCCUCCGUGGUGUCCUUGUGGGAAGGAACGGAAGAGACCUUUAGGUGUUCAUAAGUGUUUUCUUGGGAGUUUUUAAAGAUGCAUUUCCCAGUGUUUUGCUUUUUCGAGGUGUGUGUAUUACAAGGCAACAGGAUAUUGAACUUACUUGUGCCAUCCUACAUGCCUAUUCUUUUAUGUCAUCAUCAUCAAACCUUUACCCCCUCCCCCCUUCUCCAUGCAGAGUUGCAGGCUAGAGCAGCCUAGCUCAGGCCAACCUCUGUGCCAUCUUUCAAAUAAAUCCUCUCUCUCUCUCUCACUCUUGCUGCACAUAAUGUAUUUUUGUUACCCUGACUUGUUUGCUCGUGUGGCGUCAUUGUUCAUAGUCAUUCUCACAGUCAUUGUACUCUUGGCGCUUAUGUGUUCUACUACCGACACCGAAAAUUUAUGGGCAUGGGCUUUGCAAAGAAGAUUCUGAGGCCCACACUACUGGUCUCGCAUAGAACUGCAGUCUGCUCCUCCAAAUUGCUAACUGUGCCCUUAGGGCUGGCAAACAUUAAAACUUUUUUGUCAGAUUCUGCAUUUUUUGCAACUUUCAGUGCCAGUUACACGUGCUCACAGCCCCUUACAUCCUGUCUCUCGAUCUCAUUGCAAAGACCUGUUGUACUGUAGUAUAACAAUUCAAGUCAUACCAUAAUUCUCUAUUUAACUGCAUCAUGUCAUUCAAGUUUUAGUAUGAAUCCAAGCUAUGUUUAUGUAUUGACAUGUCACUGUUUUGCACACAAAUAAAAUUGUUUUUUAAAUGUUUU